CCACUCUUCGUUCUCGUAAGCGAUCAGACCAAGACACCAAGCAUGAGCCAUUCUUCCAUGCAAUCCUCCACUUCUUACAGGCGCACCUUCGGGAGCCCACACCCUAUCUCCAUGUCUUCCUACUCCAGCGUGUCCUCUCGUCCUUCCGUCGGCGGGGGACGCUACAUGCGCUCCGUGUCACCCAUGGUGUCCUCCCGCUCCACCAACUACCACCAACAGCGUUCCCGACCCAGUGUCCAGCCCCAACGCCUCACCUUUGACAAGGUGGAUUUUACCAUGGCCGAGGCCAUCAACCAGGAGUUCCUCACCACCCGCAGCAACGAGAAGGUCGAGCUGCAGGAGCUCAACGACCGCUUCGCCAGCUUCAUCGAGAAGGUGCGCUACCUGGAGCAGCAGAAUGGUGCACUGCAGCAGGAGCUGACCCAAUACAAAGGUCAGCACCAACAAGGCCAACCCAACCGGGCCACCGAGAUCUUCCAAGACGAGCUGAGGGAGAUGCGGCGCCAGAUGGACGCCAUCGGCAAGGAGAGGGACCAGUACCAACUGGAGAGGGACAACCUGGCUGAGGACCUGGGCCUCCUAAAGCUGAGGCUGGAUGAAGAAGCUCAGAAGAGGGCAGAUGCUGAAAAUAACCUUACAGCCUUCCGCAAGGAUGUGGAUGAUGCCACCUUAUCCCGUCUGGAGCUGGAGAGGAAGAUCGAGUCCCUAAUGGAUGAAAUUGAAUUCCUCAAGAAGAUGCACGAUGAAGAAAUCCAGGACGUUCAAGUGACCGUGCAAACCCAGCAGUUGAGGAUGGAGACAGUGGACCACGCCACCCGACCUGAUCUCACUGGUGCUCUGAGGGACAUCAGGGCCCAGUAUGAAACCAUUGCGACAAAGAACAUGCAAGAAUCUGAGGAUUGGUACAAGUCCAAGUUUGCAGAUUUGACUGAAUCUGCCAAGCGCAAUGGUGACGCUCUGAAGCAGGCCAAGCAGGAGGCCUCAGAGUCCCGAAGGCAGAUCCAGUCCCUGAACUGUGAGAUUGAUGCAGUGAAGAACACGAAUGAAGCACUCCUGAGGCAGAUGCGUGACAUGGAGGAUCAGUUUGGCAAUGAAAUCGCUAGCUACCAAGACAACGUCGGCAGACUGGAGGACGAGAUCCGUCACCUGAAGGACGAGAUGGCUCGUCACCUCCGGGAGUACCAGGAUCUCCUCAAUGUCAAGAUGGCUCUGGACAUUGAAAUUGCGACUUAUCGUAAACUGCUGGAAGGGGAGGAGAGCAGGAUCACCAUGCCUCUCCUCAAUAUAGGCAUGGCAAAUCACUUUGGCGAACGUGAUUUUGAACCCAGACCAGAGAGUGGCACCAAGAAGACUGUCGUGAUAAAGACAGUUGAGACUAGAGAUGGACAGGUGGUGAAGGAAUCCAAGACUGAGAGAGAUUCGGGCCACAGUGAUAAAGAUGACAAGGACAACUGAGAAGAACCUGACUUGAUAAUGUGAAGGCCUGUGCCAUUACAAGAGCUAAAAAGCAUAAUAAUAAAAAAUAAAAAAAGUAAAAUCCUUAGUGUUUCAUUGUCUAGCAAAGAGUAAUAAAAUGUAGGUGCAAAGUGGAAUAAAUGCAUUUUGACUGGUGAGUCACUUGGUGCUAUUGCAGCCACCCAGCUAUGUCAUCUGUGUGACAAAGCCGAACUGUAACUCAAACAGCAUACCAGAUGAGGCCUUCAUUUGCAGUGCAAUCUCAUGGCAUCCUUUGAUGGCCACGUUUGUAGCUUGUUAUGUGUUUAACAGCAAUGGAAAAUAGAAUAGCCUCAAUUUGCAUUAUUGCUUUACAUACCAUCCUCAGUAAAUAGAAAAAUCUCCUUCCAGGAGGGCUUUGCUGUCCACAUCUAUUGACUAUAUCGAAAAAAGAAGAAAAAUGUGAAACAUGGGGGAAAAUAAGUGAUGAAAAAAAAUGUCAUGUCCGAGCUUUGAAUGGCUGUGUGAUUUAACACAAUGAAGCGCCACAUAAUUGCAAAUAAAUUGACC